CUCUCUCUAAAUCUGUAUAUAAAUAGAUUAAACUCAAAAUAAUAAACAUUUGGUCAUUUUCUCUCUCAUCUUCAACAUUUCCAUAACAAAAAAGAAUUUUCUGAGAUUCAGAUCCAAUUCAGAUCCAUUUUUGUUCGGAUUUGAAGCUCAAACAAUCAGAGAAAUGGCGACGGUGUCCCCUCUGGCUAAAUACAAGCUCGUAUUCCUUGGCGAUCAAUCGGUCGGAAAAACCAGCAUUAUCACCCGCUUCAUGUACGACAAAUUCGACACAACGUAUCAGGCGACCAUUGGAAUUGAUUUUUUGUCAAAAACAAUGUACCUUGAAGAUCGUACAGUUCGUUUACAGCUUUGGGAUACUGCAGGACAAGAAAGAUUUAGGAGUCUCAUACCGAGCUACAUCAGGGAUUCCUCUGUUGCAGUAAUUGUCUAUGACGUAGCAAAUAGGCAGUCAUUCCUGAACACCAAUAAGUGGAUUGAGGAAGUACGCACAGAGCGAGGCACUGAUGUUAUCAUCGUCCUAGUCGGGAACAAAACUGAUCUUGUUGAUAAAAGGCAGGUUUCUAUAGAGGAAGGGGAUUCCAAGUCUCGUGAGUUUGGAGUUAUGUUUAUAGAAACCAGUGCUAAAGCAGGAUUUAAUAUCAAGCCUCUCUUCCGUAAGAUUGCGGCUGCAUUGCCCGGGAUGGAGACUCUUUCUUCAACAAAACAGGAAGAUAUGGUGGACGUAAAUCUCAAGCCGACAGUCAAUACAUCCCAGACAGAGCAGCAAGGAGGAGGUUGCGCAUGCUAGGUUAAUUAUUUGUGUCAACAGAUGAAAAGAAUCAUUUAGGACAGCUGAUAAGUCAGGCAGCAGAUUCUGAGAUCAGUUUCUCUUACAGCAAGAUCGGUACACUCUGUAGUGGUGCUUCCCUGUUCGAAUAUACAAUUAGGUCCUUUUUGUGAGUGUUUUGAGAACAAAGGCUGAGUAAUGAUUUUGUUAUGACAUACUUGGAGUGACAUUUUGGUUAUGUACAACACUUCCUCUCAAAUUGUUUUAGCAGUAUUCUUCUUUGAACUUAUCUUGAUAUUUGCUAGAAAUUUAUAAACAGUAUCAAUUCAUUCAUUGUAGAAAAUUUUCAUGGAGCCAGUCAAUACGGUGUGAAUACAAUGUUGAAAGCUUACUUUUUGGUA